AUGGCCCGCGAGGCCUUUUCCCUCGACGACCCCGUUCCCAAGACCCCCGUCCUCAACAACCACGGCUUCUUCGAGCUCCCCGUCCAGGACCAGCGCAACUUUGGACUCCUGGUCCUCCUAUACUUUCUUCAGGGCAUCCCCAUGGGCUUGGCCAUGGGCUCCGUGCCCUUCCUCUUGAAGAAUCACAUCUUUUUGAGCCCCAUCGUGGACGCCGUGUGGAGUCCCAGGUUCGGCCGGAGAAAGAGCUGGAUCCUGCCUAUUCAGAUCUUGUCCGGCAUCGGCAUGCUGUGGCUCGGCUCGAGGGUCGAGGUCAUGAUGGCCAUGACCGGCAAGGAGGGCGGCCCCACCGUUUGGGGCUUCACCUUUUGGUGGUUCUUCCUCGUCUUCAUGUGCGCCACCCAGGACAUCGCCGUCGACGGCUGGGCCCUCACCCUGCUUAGCCCCGGAAACGUCUCGUACGCCUCCACCGCCCAGACCGUCGGUCUCACUGCCGGCAACUUCCUGUCUUAUACCGUCUUCCUCGCCUUCAACUCGGCCGACUUCGCCAACAAGUACUUCCGCGACAUCCCCUCCGAGGACGGCCUCAUGAACCUCGGCGGCUAUCUCACUUUCUGGGGAUGGGCCUACAUCAUCGUCACCAUAGGCCUCGCCCUCCUCAAGCGCGAGGAGAAGACCCAAAAUGAGGACGGCGUCUGGGACGUGUACAAGAUCAUGUGGGGCGUCCUCAAGCUCAGGAACGUCCAGACCAUCAUCAUCGUCCACCUCGUCGCCAAGGUCGGCUUCCAGGCCAACGAUGCCGUCACCAACCUCAAGCUCCUCGACAAGGGCUUCGGCAAGGAGAACCUCGCCCUGACCGUCCUCAUCGAUUUCCCCUUCGAGAUCGGUCUCGGCUACUAUGCUGGAAAGUGGUCUCAGGAAUAUACACCCAUGAGGCUGUGGUGCUGGGCCUUUGUUGGUCGCCUCUUCGCUGCGCUCUUUGCCCAAUUCACCGUCGCCAUCUUCCCGCCUCCGGCGUCGAGACGUGGAACCCUCGUCACCGAGCCCUUCUCGUGCGCUCUCCAACCCGACAAGGAGCGCUGCCUGGCCGGGGGCGGCUCCUGCGAGACCAUCCGAGACGGAUACUACUUUGUCAACAUACUUUGCGUCAUCUUUGGCGCCGUCACAUUUACCAUGUACAUCCGCCCCAGGGUCCUGCAACUACAAAAUCUACCUAUGAAGGCCUGGAGAUUGGCGGGAGGAAAAUAA